GGGAGGAAAGAGAAGGGGGCUGCUUUCCCAAGCCAGGCGGGGCAGAGAUGCUCUUGGGGCUCCUUUCUUUGGGGGAAGUGCCGCAAGAUGCUGCCUUUUGGGGCUGGGCUCCUGGAAGCCUCCCCUCCUGUCUGUCUGUCCCUGAAGGGCUUGGGGCUGCCGGAGACACCCUCCCUUUCCCCACCAACAUUUAAAAAUAGUAAGAAGAAUCCUGAGAAGAGAGCAGGCUCCUGUUCUGCUGCAUCCUUUGCAUGCCUUCAUGUCAGGGAACGUUUUUCUGACCCCCCCCUCCUCCUCCUCCUCCUCACUUUCUAGUUUGGUGCAUAGCAGACUGCUCUCACACAGAGGCACAAAAAAGCCCAUGGGGUGACAAUAAUGGCAUCGUACUCCGGGGAGAAUGGGAUAUCAGCUCUCCAUUUGCUUUGAUCCCCCCCUUCUGUCCUGUCCUCGUCCUCCUUCUUUUGAAGCUGCUGCUGCUGCAAGACCAGCAGAAGUCUGCUCAGGAGGAGCAGGUGCUCCCGCGAAGCCUUGCUCCUUCCAGCCUCGAUGGGCGUCGCACCUUCUGGGGAGCUGGGCUGGCCCAGAGCAAGGCUUAGGCUGGGCUUCUGGGCUCCAAGGAUUGCCUUGCUUAAGAAGAGCAAACAGAUCAGAGCUACUCCUGGGAAGACGUGUUUGGAGCCCAGGGCCGGGGUUUGUUUGCCCUCCAGCUAUUUGUCCAGUCCUGCCCAGAAGGAACCAUAAUACUGUAAAGGGCCCUCUGCGGGUCUCUUCUUCUUCUUCUUCUUCAGUUGUGAGCAGGAGAGACUCAAGAAAGGCAACCAACUCCUACUCAGCUGCCCAGUGAAGGAUUGAGCCAGCAAAGAAGUUGGGACUCAGGGCAUCCUUUCUCUCAGUUGUGUAGCAGGAGUGCUUAGGUUAAAUUUCCCAAAGCAUCUCUGAGUCAGCAAUGGAUCUGAAGCGGGUGAAGGACUACAUAUAUUGGCUGUAUUUUCAGUAUCUCCUGGUCACCUGCAGCUAUGUCCUGGAGCCCUGGGAACAAUCCAUGUUCCACACCAUUACGAUUACUGUUGUAGCUAUGGUGGUCUACACAGCUUAUGUCUUCAUCCCCAUCCACAUCCGCUUGGCUUUUGAGUUCUUCGCUCAGAUAUUUGGAAGCCAGCCUGAAAGUACUGCAUCACUCACAAACUGAGCCAGCCAUUUUUGCAUCCACUGCAAAACACCGUCUUCCUCUGCGUUGUCUUCCUCAACUAUGCCUGUUUUGGAAUCUGUUUUGAACACUUGGGUUCCUGAUCACACAUGUGCCACCAUCUCUUUUAACAAAGCUGGGCUAUCAUUGCACUGACUUGACUCCUACCUGCUGGCUAAUUGUCACUAAAAUGCAUGCACAACUUCUGUUCUCUUGAAGUGGCACGGUCCUAUUGGGAUGGGUUGCUUUGCUAAACCUCUCCUUACGAAUUUCAGUUGUAUGCAGCAGACCUCCCACAAGAAUGAAAUGUUUGUUCUUAUAAUGCCUUGUGAACUUGUUUUUUUUUUUUUUUAUCACUUUGGGGAGACUAAGAUUAGUUUAAGUUUGCAUGUACUUCACUGUACUCUUUUGUACACCAUAUAUCUUGAGGAUUCUUUUUAAACAAUUUUUAGCAUUGUUCAAAUCUGUCAACCUGGUUCUGAAAGGGGAAAUAGAAAAAGUUGUUACACUUCCUAUGGUUUAAGGCUUUCCUUUUAAAAUGUCUUUUUAAAAAUAAAGAUACAGUAUCUUUUUUCCUCUUGUGCUCUUUCUCGCACAUUUCCUGUUGCCAACAUAUACAGUGGGUAUCCUGGAAAUAAGACUUCAUGAGAACUCUGGGUUUAAAGCAGAGCUGGGAAAUGUUACUUUUGGAUUAUAAUGCCCAGAAUCCCCGAUCCAUCAUAGUUGUGAUGUUGACGGCAUGGCAUCUCUCUCCUGUUCCCCAUUGUCUUUGCAUGGCAAUUAAGCAGAGCACUCAGACAACACUUGCAAACAGCAGUUGGUACAGAGAUGUGUAAACAGAGCUCUACCUAGGGCAUUUUCCCCUUUCCUCUGCUGCUAUUGACCUUGCUUCCCAAAAGGGAACAGGUGAGGUUUGGAAAUGAGUAACAGAACUUUUGGAGUGGUAGAAAUAGCAUAGGAGCUGCAGUUGUUGGAGGGAAAUGGAAGAAAUGAGAAGCUUUAUUGCCUCAAAGCUAAACUCUCACAGUGCCUUCUGUAUCCCCACCAUAGUAUUAUCAAGAGCCCCAAUACCAAUGUUUGUAUUAUUUUGUAUAUAGUUUUAUGGUAACAGGAACAUGUGUGAGUUCAAUGAGAUGAGUAAUUGCAAUAUGAAGGUUUUUUAAAAAAAAACUUGGCUUUUUGCAUGCAAGGAAACUCAGAACUAUAAAUCAUUUUCACUUUCUUUCUUUCUUUUUUUUGCAAAAGAUUAUGCAUCUUCUCAAAUAACCAAAAGUGAGCUGCUUUCUCUUCUGCUAAUUUUUGAAAUAAAGCAAAUAUUUGUGUAUUGUAUUAUAAGUUAUAUUCUAAUAUCUGCAUAAGCUCCGAAAGCAUUUAUAUGGAAGACUCAGUGCUAAGGUUUCCUUUUAUAAAACAGAAAUGAGUCGUCCUCAUUUAUUUAUUUUUUAUUUUUGGAAAAGGCCAAUGCUAUGCUACUCUUUAUCUAAAUGACAUGUGAAUGCCAAAGAGCAAGGUUGCACAUCCACUAGAUCUGUUUUGUGCAGUUCACACUGCUACCAGUGAAACGUGAUUUUAAAUGUCACAUGUAAAUAACUCUUAAACAGUAUUUUCACAACUACAUGCAUUAUAUGACAAAUUCUGACUCUCAGGCAUGUUAACUGAUUAAACUCCACAAAUAAGAAUUUAUACUGUUUCUGUCAUAAAGACAUGUCUUGAAGAUUUUUGUGAUCUGAACAUGUAUCACAUUUUGCAGAAACAAUAAACUGAAUUUUAUUUUAAAA